AUGCAAAACAUGCCAGUGGCAGCUGUGCAAGCAAGUUGCGAUUUGUGUGGACAAUUGGGGCACAAUAGUUUUGAAUGCUUUGUGGCAGCCCCAAGUGACACCGAACAAGUGAACUUUGUUGGUGCACAAGGUCAAGGGGGAGGUGGAAAUAACUCUUACUCUAAAACGUACAAUCCAGGAUGGAGAAAUCACCCAAAUUUCACUUGGAGCAAUUCUGCCAACAACGCUCCAAGACCCGCUCAAGGACCACCCAGAUUUCAAAUACCACCACCACCACAAGACCGAUUGGGUGCAUUUGAGUCCAAAAUGUACAAGUUCAUGGAAUCAAUCACCAAUCGGUUCAACAUUCAAGAUGAGAAUCAGAAAAAGCUAGAAGAGAAGUUUGAUCAUAUCACAAAGAAUCAAUCAUCGGUAAUACAUGAUCUUGAGGUACACUUUUGUAGAAUGGCUAAUACCAUUGCUACCCGGAAUCCGGAAAGUUUACCAAGCCAUACCGAAAACCCAAGAGAUGUAAAAGCUAUGACAUUGAGGAGUGGAAAGGAACUGGAAUCAUCCUUUAAUAAUCAUGAGAAAACAACUGUUCAUGAAAAGGAAAUGAAGAUCGAGGAGGAGCAAGAAGUGGACAUUCCCUUGAAAAAAUACGUUCCACCUCCACCAUUUGUUCCGAAGAUUCCAUUCCCACAACGAUUGAAGAAGGAACAAAAUGAUCAACAAUUUGCCAAUUUCUUGGACAAGGUUAAAAAAUUGCAAAUCAAUCUCUCUUUGGCGGAGACAUUGGAGCAAAUGCCCAAAUACGCAAAGUUCCUCAAAGACAUCCUGACAAACAAGAGGAAAUGGACGGAUGAUGGCACAAUCUCGUUAAUAGAAAACUUUAGCUCCAUAAUUUCUAAGAAAAUCCCAACUAAGUUAAAAGAUCCGGGAAGUUUUACCAUUCCGUGUGUAGAUGGUGAUAUGGAAUUCUCUAGAUGCUUGUGUGAUUUAGGAGCUAGAAUUAACUUGAUGCCAUUAUCUAUAUUCCAAAAGUUUAGCUUGGGUGAAGUGAAGGAAACUUCAAUAAUACUCCAAUUGCCGGAUCAAUCCAGCAAACAACCAUACGGUAUCAUCGAGGAUGUACUAGUGAAAGUGGAUAAGUUUAUUUUCCCCGUCGAUUUUGUCGUAUUGGAUUUUGAGGAAGAUAAAAAUUGUCCAUUGAUCUUAGGUCGUCCAUUCAUGAAUACCGGUAGAGUAUUAAUUGAUGUACAUGAUAAAAAAAUUGAUUUUCGGAAUAUGCGAGGACCAAGUUGA